GAAUAACAGAUAAGGAUCUCUCCAUGCUUCUUACAUACAAAUGGCUCUUUCCUUUCUCUUUCAGAAAACAUUCAAUGUGGCCACAGGCCUGCUUUUCCAAACUCGUCAUGGUUACCAUUUCAUGAACAGCUUCAAGUCCAGAAUGAUUAGACAUGGCUGUGGUAAAUGUCACUGUGGUCAUGGCAACAAGAACAUUCAGCAACAUUCACUCGGAGAGAAAGCAAGUGCAGAAGGUCAUUAUUCACAAAGAUUACAAACCGCCCCAGCUCGACAGUGACCUCUCUCUGCUUCUACUUGCCACACCAGUGCAAUUCAGCAAUUUGAAAAUGCCUGUCUGCCUGCAGGAGGAGGAGAGGACCUGGGAUCGGUGUUGGAUGGCAGAGUGGGUAACGACCAAUGGGUAUGACCAAUAUGAUGACUUAAACAUGCACCUGGAAAAGCUGAGAGUGGUGCAGAUUAGCCAGAAAGAAUGCGCCAAGAGGGUAAACCAGCUGUCCAGGAAGAUGAUUUGUGCUUGGAAGGAACCAGGCACCAAUGGUAUCUGCAAGGGAGACAGUGGCGCACCUCUGGUUUGUGCUAUUUAUGGAACCCAGAGACUCUUCCAAGUGGGUGUCUUCAGGUGGGGCAUAAGAUCUGGCUCCACGGGGAGACCUGGUAUGUUUGUGUCUGUGGCUCAAUCCCAUGGAUCCAGGAGGAGACAGAAAAGGAGCGGAAAGCCUAUACUGUAAUCUCAGGAUCCACGAGAAGCUCGCUGGUUCUUCCAGAGCAUGGCUUCAGCUCGGCUACUUCUGACACCUGCCAGGAGGAACAGACUUUUUCCCACAAAGCAGUUACCACCAGAAGUACCUGAGCAAGAUCACUCUCAGCUCCUGCAGCCUCAGGGCACCCGAGUGUCCUGUCCACUGGGCAUCUGUUAUGGACAAAGAUUUGUGUGGCCUUUCACUUUGUAUGCUGAAGCUCUAACCCUGGCUGCAACGGGACAGGGGGCCACCAAGGAAGUCAUUAAGGUUAACUGAGGUAAAGGGUGGUGGUGCCCUGGUCGAUAGGAUGGUGGCCUUAUGAGGACACUUAUAAGAUGGACGACCACUUGUCCCCCUGACCCCUCUGGCAUAGGAACUGAGGAAGAGUCACAAGAGGACACAGCAGAUGCUGGUCACCUGCAGGCUAGGAAGCAAGCCCUCCCCAGGAACCUGGGUCUUGGGGACGUCCAGCCUCCGCUGUGGGAAAGAAAUGUGUGUUGAUCAAUCCAUCCAGUCUGUGGUGUUUCGUAGUGGCCAGAGCAGACAAAGACAGUAUGAAAACAUAACUUCUCCCCACACGUUGAAGUUACAACAGCAAUGCUUUCAACAAACUGGGCAAUGCUUUUGUGGUUCCCACUGGGCGAGUGUUGAAGCUUACAAAACACAAAGGCAUUUUUGAACGUCUAGUCUUUGAGGUAUAAUUUCUAUUCAGCAAAUUCACUUCAAGAUGGAUGGUUCUGUGAAUUCUGAUGAAUGUAAAUGGCUGUGACCAGACACAGAACUUUGGCCGGAUGUGGUGCCUCAUGCCUGUAAUCCCAGCACUGUGGGGGGCUGAGGUGGGCGGAUCACCUGAGGUCAGGAGUUCGAGACCAGCCUGACCAACAUGGUGAAAACCCAUCUCUACUAAAAAUACAGAAAUUAGCUGGGCGGGGAGGCAUGUGCCUCUAAUGUCAGGUAUUCAAGAGGCUGAGGCUGAAGAACUGCUUGAACCAGGGAGGUGGAGGUUGCAGUGAGCCAAGAUCACACCAUUGCUCUCUAGCCUGGGCAACAAGAGUGAAAUUCUGUUUCACAAAAAAAAACAAAACAAAAAAACAAGAUAGAGAACAUUUUCAUCACCCCAAAACAUUACCCUGUGCUUCUUAGCAAUCCAUCCUCUUCCUGGAACCCCAAACCCGGGCAACAACUCAUGCAUUCUCUGUGCUUGGACUUUUGCCUUUCCCAGAAUGCCAUGGAAUCAUACGGUGUGCAGCAGCUCGUGUCUGGCUUCUCCAGCUCGGCGCAAUGCUCCUGAUAUCCGAGUUGCUGUGCGUGUCAGUAGGCUGUUCCUCUUUGCUGCUGUGUAGCAUCGCUGUUGUUUGAAUGCACCACAGUUUGUUCAUCACUUCCUCUGAUGAUGGACAUUUAGGUUGUUACCAGUUUUUAGCAAUUAAGAAGAAAGCCACCAUAAACAUUGGGUACUGGUUUUCAUGUGGAUGUAUGUUUCUAUGCAAUCCUGUUUUGAUUAAAACGUGAACUCAUCUACUGCUGUACUAGGCAAUUUUUGGAUGACUUGGGGUCUAAAUGAAGAUAAUGCAGGCGCUUGCUGUGUUCUCCCUUUCUGAAGUCUGGGACUGCCAUGGAAGUCGUGUGGUUUCUUUGGGCAGGAUGGCAGGUAAUGCAGGAAUUCUUUUAUCUAUGCCCUGUUCUCAUAGGCAUGUGCCCUCCAGUGCCCAAAAGUUUGCAAACACUUAGAGCAGCGAUGAGAUGUUUUGCUCUACUGACCCCAAAUACAUGCCGUUUCCAAAGAACAGAGGCAAGGAGGCUUUCUCUCCCAUUUCAGGAACCCCGCUUGGCAGAGAAAAGAAAAGCUUAGUUUGCUGAAUUCUAAUGCUUUGCUUCCAGCUAUGAGAAGUACAGUAAUUGCUGGUUCUGAUAAAACUCCAUGUCCAAUAAAAUGAAUGAACUGCCUAAUGUUU